AGCAAAGAGAGGAGUAGAGAAACCAUUUCUGCUACAGCAGGUAUUGAUCAGAAUGUAUUCCGUGAUCCAUCGUCCAAUGUCUUUUCUGCCAAUACGAAAGAGCACGAGCAGCUCAUGCAGUCCUAACUGAGCAGAGCAAGACGGAAAAAACACUAGACCGGAGACCGAGUAUUUCCUUCCGCCAAUCUUGUUAAAAGAAAAACACACCAAAGCCAUGACGGGUCGCGUGUACGUUCCGCCUGACAUAGCGAAUGUUCCGCCGCCGCCCUUUCCGGCGACCCGCGUCCGGCCAGACCUCCGGUACAAGUUGCAACUGGAAGACGGGGCUGACACACGCUUCUACAACUUUGACGCACCCCCAGAGCCGUACUACCACGCCUUACCGUUUAGGAGCAAAGUGCACCGGUUGCAGCGAUCCACCAGCAAUCCAAUAAUAAACCAGAGCAUACAGGUACGAUACUUUACUACGCCUAUAUGGAUUCGCGAUUAUUUGUCUUUGAUAUUGAUUUGGGUGCACUGCAAUGUGCGGGUGAGUGACCACUAGCUAGCAACAACAAUAAAUCGUUCCUCGAACUACAAACUACAGUCCGACAACUUGGCUACAAUCAAGACUUUGGUGCCAGAGCGACAGGAUUGGAAACACACCUACCACCGGUACCACCUAAACGACGGGUAUCUAUGACACAGAAAAAUACUGACAGCAUGUCAAAAUAUUAGGUGGUUUUGUGUCAACAUGAAAAAAGUUUUGGAAACAUCGUCCAGGCAAAAGCUGUACUACAGAGGCGAGGGACGAUGACGAUCGAAAUAGAGGAAUCCACCGGUCUACGUGCGAUUUAUUGCAUGACAAAGGUGACAGUUUUCUGUGUGAUAGUGUGCGGUACAGGACCAAUCACUGACUGUGGUGGAGUCCAAAGACGAGUCUAAACCCACCACCGUCGGUACCCACAUCAGCAGCAGCGGGCAGGUUAUCUUGAGUGAACUUAACGUACCCGCAACCCAAAGUAAUAACACUCCAUGUCGCGAGUUUCCAUUGCCAUUCUCAGAACGUUUCUCAUGCGAAGGAGCUUCUAAAUCGUGUAUCAAAUUCAAAUUAUUUCCCGGUUGUCGUGAUGUAUCAAAGAAAUCAUUUCCCAUCGUGUUGACUAUGAAUCACUGGGGGUACUGGUGCGUUGAUUUUCCUCGGGAUGCAUUUGAUCUUCUCGUUUCGCGACCGCCAGGUGGCACAGCUCGACGCCGAGGACCUGCUGCGCAUUCUUCAGGACCGACCCAGCCGGGGAAAAAGCACAAGCUGGAACGUAUUAUUUGUUGGAGCAUAAACAGAAGAUCUUGAGGAUUUUCUUGAUGGUCGUCAUCUCUACAGUUGAAUACAACACAAUCACAGUUUUCCUGCGGAAACUUCAUUACAAAAUUGAUACGCGUCGAAAAAGUGAAACGUGCUUUCUUGUUACACCAGAUCUAUGCUCUCGACGAAGAGUUCCGCAGGAGGUGGGGCCGCAACGGUAUCUGGCACACCAAAAAACUCGAGCUGUGCGUCUUUUUGUCCUGCUUCGAGCAAACCUUCCACGUUUUUGGGGACCAGCACCAAUUUGUCAGGUAAAUAAAGAACACGAUCUGAGUCAUGCAUGAAAAUUUUUACUUUACAAAAGCACGGUUACCAGUUUUUCGGGAGUCUGCGGCGCUUGUCGUUGCUCACUCAUUUGUUUUCCACUGUGCGUUGACCGAAGUUCAUUAGAGUUUUGGUUUUGUUGCAUACUCUGCCCACAGUAAGCAAACAUUCGCAAAGUAAAUAGAUCGAGGGCCGCGUUUACUUACAUGGUUUGAUCCAAAAACGCAACUAGGUGUCGACAAAACAACGGGAAAAUCAAGGCAAAGAUGGACCGCGUGAUGAUCAACCUGGCAAGGUGUACUAAGCCCUUGCUCAUCCAGAUGCAGAAUUUAUCCGGUGUGAAAACGUAGUACUUACCCACGAGCACGACCCCAUAGUCAAGGUUGGAUGAACAAAGUCUGCGUUGGAUAAAUCAAGAAGUUGUUCUUGUAGAGAUUGUUUACACAUUCACAUGUUGUUGACUAAGUACACACCCUGGUCCUCGUCUCAGUCACGAUAUGCGCGGGUAGCCGCGGCGUUAGUACUUCUAAACCACUUGCUUAAGUACAUACAAACUCGAACUGCCGCCCAACACAACGACCAGAUGAAAAUAAUUGCCUUCGAUGUGGAUUUUGCUGUAUGAAUGACAUUUUGGGCAUGCAAAUCAAUCUCCAUGACAAAGAACCCAACGGUGGUGGGUAUACCUACGAGUUAACACAGCAUACAAUUAUCGACUGACGAAUACGAGGAGUAUCAAGGGCUACGACCUCCCCGACACGGCGUACCACAAUUUUGCCGUCGAUCUUCAGCUGAAGCAGCCAGUGCCUUUUAUGCCGUGUGAAAACGUCGUGCCUACCCCCCGGCCAGAGUCAACAUGGACAUGCAAUUUCUGCAACACACAUCCAGAAGUUGAAGUUUUAAGAGUCACGCAUGACAAGUUGUUCACAGGAUGUUACAAAAUAUGCCUGUUAUUUUUGGGAGCUGGAUGAUCUAUCACAAGCGUUCGUCUUCCUGCAAAUGUAAAUCUGCAUGACAAAAAAACAAGUCUGGGUAGUUGCACGCGUUUUUACACAGGACACUUUUCCAGUGCUUUUCAAGCGAGGAGGCCGAGAAGUUCGGCGGCCUGCGCCAGGAACCCUUCCCCCGGGAGGAGGUCGGAGUGUAGUACUUCGUCGUGGAACUAGGAGUGUAGUACUUAAAAACAAGUAUAAACUGUUGCCAUGGUACUUUAUGAUUCUCGUGGUAGUUUGUCACAGAGCUGUUGUAGUCAUGUUGGUUCGAUCGACUAAGCUGCUAUAAAUAUGGAUAUAAACAAAUGUAAAAAAACAUCUAACAGUCACAGUGUAAAUGUUUGACAGGCAGUUGCAGGCAUUCCUACUGCUGCAGCCAAUGAAUGCUCAAUAAAUGUGCAUCUCCCUGAAGAUCGGUGUUGACGUACUACCUAGAAGUGUCACCGCCAUCGCGGCUUACGCGUGCGCGUCACGGGAUAGUACAAUUAUCUUCGUAAUGGUUAUCGUAUUCGCUUCCUCCUAAACCUAUUGCUACUUAGUAUCACCUUCACCCUUAUCUCUUUUGGCCUUCGUUUCCUCUCCUGAAAGAAAAAGUCAACGAGAUGGUAUAUAAUAAUCGCAGCGGCAGACAGAAAAAGGAACGCAGCGAAAAGAUGAAGAACCAUAUGUAUAAAACGCUUUUAUGUCCUGACGUGACAAUAUCGGAACCGGAAGGACAACAUGCAAUGCCGACCCUGCACCUUUACCUAACAAAAAGGGGCGGAGCUACAGGAAGUGUCUUUUUCAGCUGGCGGUCCUCAAUCGGAGUCGUAUGCUUCCCCGAUAUUUCCUGAUUGAUGAACAUCAAGAUCUCGACUUGUCGUGCCACUUUAGUUUUUUCUUGUAAUUCAAAUCAGCACUGUGGAAUCAAGAAACGACUACUCAGUCGCUUUUUUCAUUCGCUC